GUCACAUUUCCUAUUUAUUUAAGCCAAUAAUAGAUGCUAGUACAUUUACAAGUGUGAUUUUGUUAUCUACUUACUAACUUAGACGUGUUUAUAAGUCUUCGGUAUGGACAAGGCCUAUUAUUUUCUUGGCAAAUGCUUGUUAAUGUUCUAUAUUGGUGAUAUCGGAUUUUUAUGGGAGAAGAAGUUACACCUGGAUUGUCAUGGGAUAGACACAAAGAUGAGUCAGAGAUGACUGACUGCCACUGAGAUUGUUACAUCAGUGAUAAUGGAUAAUGUUUUGGUUUCAAUUUCAUCUUAAGGGGAUCAACGUUAUUCAUAUUUCCGAGAGAUAUAUAGAGUGCUGGUGCUGAGAUGAUAUUGCCUGGGACAGUGAAAUAGGUGUCUGAGGUGAAAGCUUGUUUUCUGCCAUGACGGACACACGCAGACGAGUGAAGCUUUAUGCGCUUAAUGCAGACAGGCAGUGGGAUGACAGAGGUACAGGACAUGUUUCUUCUUCAUAUGUGGAUCGCUUGAAAGGCAUCUCACUGCUAGUUCGAGCAGAAUCUGAUGGCUCAUUAUUGUUGGAGUCAAAGAUUCAGCCAGACACAGCAUAUCAGAAACAGCAGGAUACACUCAUUGUUUGGUCAGAAGGAGACAACUUUGAUUUAGCACUCAGUUUUCAAGAAAAGGCUGGUUGUGAUGAAAUUUGGGAGAAAAUAUGUCAAGUUCAAGGGAAGGAUCCCUCAGUGGACAUCACACAGGAUAUUGUGGAAGAAUCAGAGGAUGAGCGGUUUGAUGAUAUGUCAGACUCUGCUCCGCCAAUUGAGCUACCUCCAUGUGAGCUUAGUCGUCUUGAAGAAAUCAAUGAGUUAAUGGGAAGUUGUUUGACAUCACCAAUGAGGAAGGAAAAAUUAGCAGUUACAAUUGAAAAUGAAGGUUAUAUAAGAAAACUAUUAAAUCUUUUCCAUAUGUGUGAAGAUCUGGAGAAUACAGAAGGCCUGCAUUAUCUUUAUGAAAUUUUCAAGAACAUCUUUUUAUUAAAUAAGAAUGCAUUAUUUGAAGUAAUGUUUGCGGAGGAAACAAUAUUUGAUGUGGUAGGGUGUCUCGAGUACGACCCAAGUUCUCCAGCUCCCAAACGGCAUAGACAGUACCUGAAACAAUUGGCCAGGUUUAAAGAGGUCAUUCCCAUUUCGAACCCAGAGCUUCUUGCAAAAAUUCAUCAAACAUACCGUGUACAGUACAUUCAGGAUGUUGUGUUACCAACUCCAUCUGUGUUUGAAGAUAACAUGCUAUCAACAUUAUCAAGUUUUAUCUUUUUUAACAAAGUGGAAAUUGUUACAUUAAUACAGGAGGAUGAAAAGUUCCUCAGUGAACUUUUUGCACAACUAACAGACGAAGGAACUGAUGAACAAAAACGCAGGGACCUGGUACUUUUUCUUAAAGAAUUCUGUAACUUUUCACAAAACUUACAACCUCAAGGAAAAGAGACGUUUUAUAAGACUCUUUCCUCAUUGGGAAUUCUCCCAGCUUUGGAGAUCACCCUAGCAGCAGAUGAUGCUCAGACAAAAACAGCAUCCAUUGAUAUUCUUACUUAUAUUGUUGAGUUCUCUCCGUCCGUCGUCCGCGACUACACUUUACAACAGACCAGCAAUACAGAUGAAGACCAAAUGUUAAUCAACGUGGUGAUUGAGCAAAUGAUCUGUGAUAAUGACCCAGAGCUGGGGGGCGCUGUGCAGCUGAUGGGCAUCCUCAGAAUACUUCUAGACCCAGAAAACAUGCUAGCUUCCGUCAACAAAUCCGAGAAAACUGACUUCCUUAAUUAUUUCUACAAGCACAGUAUACAUGUUCUUAUUGCACCAUUACUAGCUAAUACAGCUGAAGAUCAUCCCGCGAAAGAAGAUUAUCAGACUGUGCAGCUGUUGGGUCUCAUACUGGAGUUGCUGUCCUUCUGUGUGGAACAUCAUACUUACCACAUCAAGAACUGCAUUCUCAACAAGGAUCUACUUAGGCGCAUUUUGGUACUCAUGAAGUCUACACACACAUUCCUCGUGCUUUGUGCAUUGAGGUUUAUGAGGAAGAUAAUUGCCCUGAAAGAUGAAUUCUACAACAGAUAUAUCAUAAAGGGCAACCUCUUUGCGCCAGUUAUUGAUGCAUUUGUAAGGAACAAUGGGAGAUAUAACCUGCUGGAUUCUGCAAUAUUAGAGAUGUUUGAAUUCAUUAAAUUGGAAGACAUAAAGUCCCUUUGCUCACAUGUUGUUGAAAACUUUGGAAAAGUUCUGGAUGACAUCGAAUAUGUCCAGACCUUCAAAGCUCUCAAGUUGAGAUACGACCAGCAUCAAGAUAAACUCAAGGACAGAGACAGAACAACGUUAGAUAGUUCCAUAUGCUCUAGCGUGCCUUCCAUCCUGCGGAAUAGUCGAUAUCGGAGAGACCAGCGCCAGCUUGAGGAAGAAGAAGAAAUGUGGUUCAAUGAAGAUGAUGAUUUUGAUGAUGGUGAGGCAGUAGUUCCAGCAGCCAAUGAUAUUCUCAGCAAGAAGCUGGACUCCGAUAUAGACUCAAUAGGGAAAAUGAUUGACAAAAAGCCAGAUGGUAGUAGUCCAAAGCUGUUGAAUAAUAGCAGUAAAGCUGGUAAUAUCCUUAACAACAACUUGAGCAAUAAUGCAACAGGAGGCUCACCACCAAGUCCGACACCGGGUGAUGUUAAGUCAACAACAUUGUUCAAGAAGGCUUUGGUGGACUAUGAGGGAGAUUCGGAUGAAGAGGAGGAGGAAGAUGGUGGCGAUGUCCUGUCCCCUUCACCCAAGCGUGCCAGACUCACAUAGUGCUUCGCCAGCAAAACAUGACAGUGAAGUGGCAGUUGCUGACCUUGUGCCUGAAUGUGUUGUGAAUGCUUGGAUAUGUCCAAGUUCAGUCCAGGUGUGAGGGCAGUGAAACAGCUCAUAUUUUGUUCCUCAAUUAAUGGAAGCAACACCUUAUUUAAAGGGGGUAGGCAUGACUUGUGACUGAGCCGCCUGAAGGGUUGCAGCUUUCCGUGAACAAAGAGUGGUGUCAGUGGUUAAAGUGUGGAAAUAUUGACAAGGGUUUUAUAGUUGAGUGUAUGAUCUCUUACAGACUGCAUCACCAGCAGUGGCAGUGGGGGUGUUUCAUGCCAGAUGGACUGUACAGUAUAAGGUGAAUGUGUAUCAAAGAUUUAUUGCAAGAAUGCAUUAAAGACUAUACAAUUUGUAAGAUGCCUCUCAAAAUUAGAUUAAAGUAUUAAGGAAGGCAUCUAUUAAUAUCAAAGCAUAGUAGUUGAUAAUAUGCUCCUGUCUGCAUAGCAAUGUUAUGAAUGAAUUGAUCCAACGAAUCCUGGUCCAGCACUGCCACACAUAUCACUCAUCCAUCACUUCGCUUUGGUUUGGAUUGGCAGACCUGUCAGAUGACAUCAGGCUGCUAUAUGUCUGGUGUCAUUGUGUCUUACAGCAUAAUUGAUGUCUGUAAUUAAAGCUGUAUACAUUUAUUGAUUCUUAAAUUGGCUUGUCUGAUAACAGAAUUAAUUUCGGUUAGAAUAUGCAUGUACUAAUGACACUGUUCUUAGAACAGUUAUAAUGCACUGAUAGGUCAGGAAAGUACUAUUUCCAGAUCUGUCUUUUGUGUUAUGUCUUGUUCAUUAUAAAAUUGAUUUUUUAAUACAAGGAAACUAAGCUGUAGCAGGCAUCAGUACAUGGUAUGUGUAUUCAUCAUCAUGAUUCAGAAGUGUUAUUUCUUUCAGUUGUUUACAUUCGUCGAGUUUUGUUUGCCACUGAACACAUUUUAUAGAAAUAAGUAAAUAAGCCACAGUGUUUCAUUCUGUUAUAGAAGAAAGUUUUAAAUAGUGAAUCCAAGAGCCUGAAGUAAAUAAAUUGAUUUGUAACUCCUAGUGAAUGACAUGCUCUGUACUAGAUGCAGCUUUUAGUGCUAAUAGUUUUGCAGACACUCCACAUUUUGUGAAAAACUUGCAUUUUUGAAUGAAAUCCAUUCUUAUAAAAUCCGUAAUAUGAAUAGUGUUCGGCUCAGAGUUAGGAUACUGCUGUUAUUUUUAAAUAGGCUGGUAGAAAUGUUGUAACACAGUGAAAUAUUUGUUGAUAUGACUCGUAAUUCCAGUACUGGUUUAUUCUGAAUAUACAAUCAUUCUAUUUCUGACUCAUGAAGAUUCUUUUAUUAUUUAUAAGAUUUUAUAGUUCCAUAUGAGAUUUGGAAGCAGUACUUUGAUGAUGUGUGUGUGUUUCUGCAGCUAGCUUAUUGCACAGUAAUAAUGUUUUGUUUUGUUCAUAUUGACUGCAGGUGAGAGAAGUUGUGUCCAGAGAAUAUACAGGUUAUUUGUUCAGUGUUGUCUCUCUUUAUUCUUCAUAAGUUCUAGAAGGUUCCAGAAGUUUGUAGUUCUUUAUAAAUAGCUCUGGAUGAACAAUGUAAUUUUGUCCUCUCAUCUUGAUUUCUCUCUGUACAUAAGGUACAAUACCUUUUGACCGUUUUACAUCUUAGAAUUGUUUUUCUUUUAUGUCGUAUUACAUAUAAGACAUUAACAUCUUUUCCACAGUUAUAUCACACUGUUUGAAACUUUAAGGUGAAAGUAGUAAGAAAGCUAUUCUUAUUCAAAUCCGUUGUGUCAGGUGAGAAACAUAUUUGUUUUAUAAAUAUAUAUGAUUAUUUUUGGUAUGGUGAAGUAUGAAAAUUCAUCCCCCCCAUGUACCUAAUUGAUUCUAUUAUCAGACAGUAUAAGAAUUUGAAAAUGUAGAUACAAAGCAGGAAAGCUCAGGCAUCAUAACCACAACGUUGUGGAUGGUAUUUUAGAAACUUUAACUAUAAGUAUAUUGUGGAAGUGUAAGUGUUCCUUGAGCAUGAACCAUAGCAGAAGUUGUGAAUUUCUUAGUACAGUUUCCCAUACUAUUUUAUAUUACAACUACUACACAAAUUAAAUCAGGAAAGUAGAUAGCAAAAAUGUGUGGGGUAUAAUUAAUGUUGUAGUUUUGUUCCGAGAGUUCAAGACCUUCAGUGGAACGUGAGAGUGAAGUGAAGUGUACAUUGACACUUGUGCAUGUGGCAUGCAUCUGGUCCAUCCAUUGUGUGCCGAGCAAUAGAGAAUUGUGGGAACAGGGUUGCAUGCUGCGGUUUGAAACGCUGUACAGUACCUGAGUACCAGACCAGGAUGAAACUCCUAAUUUUUUUCAUAGUAAAUAGGGCAAUGGAUUUAUACUGUAGAGGUUGUAGACUGUUUUGUCUUUAUAUUUUUUGUUGGAAAGCUCAUAAUCAUAGAAAAGUAAAAAUAUCUGUCUGUUAUUUUGACUUGUUCCUAAAUUUCACAUGUAUUUCUGUCCUAGUAGAUUGAGGAUUCAUUUAUUUUAAUUUUCCAUGGAAGUCACUAUUGCAAUAUUGUUAACUCUGACAAGGAUAAAAGUUCCAAUGUGCCAGGGUGGAGUACAUGCUGGAGUAAGGAAAUAAAAAUAUUAGAAACAUGAUUGCACGUUUUAGCGAUGCAUAUUAAGAGUUCUACAAUUUAUGGUGUGUUCCAUUCCAUUUUGUGAUGCCAGUUGAAGAGGUUA